CCCGAACCCACAUAAAUUUCUCACCCUCUAAAAGAUCUAAAACCCCAGUAACGUCUCUCUUUCUCACUCGUCACUCCGGCUGUCUGCAGCCACCAAAACCCUUUUCCCCAAUUAAUCAAACCGUAUUCUAGGGUUUUACCUUCAAAUUCGUCACCAUGCCUCAAGGAGAUUACAUUGAGCUUCACAGGAAGAGGAAUGGAUACCGUCUUGAUUACUUUGAGCGUAAGCGCAAGAAGGCGGCGCGUGAAGUCCAUGAACGCUCUAAAAAAGCCCAAAAUACUUUGGGUAUUAAGGGUAAGAUGCUUGCUAAGAAGAGAUAUGCGGAGAAAGCUCAAAUGAAGAAAACACUUAAGAUGCAUGACGAAACACCAAGUAGGCGCAAGGUGGAUGAUGAGGUUCAUGAUGGAGCAGUUCCUGCAUAUUUGCUUGAUCGUGACGUAACAGCAAGGGCUAAGAUCCUGAGUAACACAAUCAAGCAAAAGAGAAAAGAUAGAGCUGGAAAAUGGGAGGUCCCAUUACCCAAGGUUAGACCAGUUGCUGAAGAUGAAAUGUUUAAAGUUAUAAGAACGGGAAAAAGGAAGACCAAGCAAUGGAAAAGAAUGAUAACGAAAGCUACAUUUGUUGGUGCCGGAUUCACUAGAAAACCGCCAAAGUACGAACGUUUCAUUCGUCCGUCAGGGUUACGUUUUACCAAGGCCAAUGUCACUCAUCCUGAACUUAAAUGUUCUUUUAAUCUCGAGAUCAUUGGAGUAAAGAAGAACCCCAACGGUCCAAUGUAUAGCUCCCUCGGUGUUAUGACCAAAGGAACUAUAAUUGAGGUCAACGUGAGUGAACUAGGUCUGGUCACACCAGCUGGGAAAGUAGUAUGGGGGAAGUAUGCUCAAGUGACAAAUGACCCUGAGAAUGAUGGCUGUAUAAAUGCUGUUUUGCUAGUUUAAUCAGGCUGUUUAGUGAAUUCACUUGUAAUUUUGACAUUAUAUCACUACUACUAUUAAGCGGGUGUUUACUUUUAUUAAAGAAAGAGACCUUGACAAGCUAGUUUUUUUGUUCUUUUUUUGGUGCGAGCGUGCGACCUGUUCUCUAACUUUGAGUCGUAAUUUGUAUCAUUGUACACAGAUACAUGUCAAUCAAGUUGGUUAACUUAAUGUUUA